CUAUUUGAAUUAGCUAUUACACUGGCGGCUAAACGCACGUCGUCAGCAUACCGUUAAAUUAAUUUAACAUCAAAAUGUUGAAAAUAAUUAUUUUUGUUUCGUUAUUUGUCGCCAAUACAUUUGUGUCCUCUGAGUACAUAUUCAAAGGAUUUGAUGAUAGAUUCAAACCAGACUGGUGGCAAUCGGAAAUCAUCUACCAGAUUUACGUUCGUUCUUUUAAAGACAGUAACGGUGAUGGAGUCGGAGAUUUCAAUGGUAUUACGGAAAAAGUGGAUUAUUUUAAAAGCAUAAAUGUCGGAGCGGUUUGGUUAUCUCCAAUAUUUCAGUCUCCGCAAGACGAUUUUGGGUAUGACGUAUCGAACUUUAAGAUGGUUGAUCCAUUAUUCGGUACUAUGGCGGAUUUUGAUCGGAUGAGAGAUGCAUUUCACGAACGUGGUAUAAAAGUAAUUUUGGACUUUGUGCCGAACCACACAAGUGACGAACAUCCGUGGUUCCUGAAAUCUGUAGAUCGAAAAGAACCUUACACAAAUUACUACGUGUGGAAAGACCCAGUCGAUGUAAAUGGUACCAGAUCACCUCCGAAUAACUGGUUGGGAGUUUUCAAUACCGGGUCUGCGUGGGAGUGGAACGAAAAACGUCAACAAUACUAUUUCCACGCUUUCCAAAAAAAACAACCAGAUUUGAACUACAGAUGUCCAAUGGUCGUAGAAGAAAUCAAGAAUAUCAUAUUAUUUUGGCUGGGACGUGGCGUAGACGGAUUCAGAUUUGACGCUGUCAAUUAUCUAUACGAAAGAGAAGAUUUAAUCGAUGAAGGUAAAUCUUAUAAAGUCGGCAUAUUAGACACUGAUUACGACUCGCUAGUGCACAACUACACGCUGGAUCAACCAGAAACUUAUGAAAUGGUACGCGUCUGGAGAGAAUUGUUAGACGAUUAUUCAUCAUCCGAAAAAAAAACCAACUUCUUUAUGGUGGAAUGUUACUCACCACUAAACAACACUAUGCUAUAUUACGGUAACAAAACAUCUCCCGGAGCUCAUUUCCCAUUCAACUUUUUGUUGAUCAAUUCAAUCAAUCAGCAAUCCGAUGCCUACGAUGUCAGAGAUAUGAUUAAAACCUGGAUGCUGAACAUGCCUGACAAAAUGUGGCCCAACUGGGUGAUCGGCAAUCAUGACAAUUCACGAGUAGCGUCUAGGAUGAACCCGUUGUUGUUGGAUGGCAUGCACAUGUUGCAAAUGUUACUGCCGGGAACUGCGAUCACAUACUACGCCGACGAGUUAGGUGUACAAGACACGUAUGUCCGAUGGAACCAGACCUUGGACCCGGCCGGACUUAACGUCGGCGUAUUGCGGUACACGAAAUUCAGUCGGGAUCCUGCCAGAAGCCCGUUUCCCUGGGACGACUCUGAAAAUGCCGGUUUUACCAACGGAACGCAAACGUGGCUCCCCAUCAACCCGGAAUAUUGGCGUGAAAACUUGGUUCAGUUGUCUAAGUUUAAGAGUCAUCUUAGGACGUACAGACAGUUGGCGCGCUUGAGACAGAUACCCUCAAUCCUCAAAGGAGACUUGCACUUAUUCGUACUGUCACAAUGGGUGUUAGGCUUUUCGAGGAGUUUUUACGAUCAUCCAACUUUCUUCGUCGUCAUUAAUUUCGGCAGUGAAAUAGAGCGAAUCAAUAUAAGAUUAGCUAGACCAACAUUACCAGAAAUAUUAAAAGUCAAAGUUUCCAGUAUAAACUCAGGUUAUGUAACUGGAAAUUUAGUUAACGCGGAAGAAAUAAUUUUGAGACCAAAAGCAUCUAUGGUCCUCUCAACAGCAAAACCAAAUGAAGAUGUCAUUACGUUUUCUGAAAAUCAUUAAUAAUCACUCAUUAAACUAUUGAAGCAAGUAUUUAAGUUUAAGUACAAAUUAAAUUAAAAUUGGUUUUGAAACUUAAGCAGAGUUUUUUUUUUAAUAUAUUCUAUAUUUGUGUACAUGAUUUAUUAAUUGAAUACCAAACGUACAACAAAAAUGGUUUUUUUUUCACAUCGAUUUGGUACGGAAUAAAAAUUCAAAAGUGUUCAAGAUUUUCAUAAACAUCUACCUAAUAAUUAAGCUUAUUGGAAUAAAUAUUGUCUCAUAAUAAAUGUAUGAAUGAAACCUAUAGGUUAUUUAUUGCAAUGUAAUAAUUAUUUAUAAAAAUAAACUAAAGCAUAUUAAAUA